CAACAAUUAUCCCAAUCCUCCCAAAACAAAAACAAGAAUGAGGAUACAAACAUAACCAAAAUGGAUUCCUCCGCCAGUCCACCGGGAGUUGGUUUUCUUUCCAAUCUUUUGAUUAAGAAAAUAUUUACAAACUUAUUGAGUCAUCAUUUAGAUUGCUUCAGUUGAGUGGUGUAGUAUAUCCUAAUAGUUAUUUCCGAUCUUUUGAUGAAGAAAAUAUUUACAAACUUGUUCAAGAAUUUAGACUAGAGGCUGGGAAUACUAUGAGAUGCACUCUUUAAAGAGUGAGUGAGCUAUUAUAUUAUGCCGCUCAGGUGGUUCCUAAUCUGGAAUAUGAAAUUUCUUCCCUUACAAAAUUACUAGAGACUCGUAGAUGAUUAAUUCCAUACUAUAUCUUUUUCUGGUCUGCCUAAUUUAUUUAUUCACACUUCAUACAUGACAUAGUUUUGUUUCUUAUAUUUCUUUUUCACUUUCUGAUGAUGUUUUGAUGUUAACUUUGAUUUAUUUCGGACAGAGUUAAUGGUGACUUGUACGUAUACCCAAUCAAUUGAAACGGAGGAGAUCGAAUGUGGCAAAGGGGAAACAAACGAAACGAAAACAAAAGCAAAAAUCAAAUGGGGCAAAACGUAAAACGAAGCAAGAAAGCGACGGGCAACCGGCCAAUCCCGUGGGCGUCGAACCAACCCAAAUUGAGACCGAAAAAUGUUUAUAUAUUCCACUUUUCCCCCUUCCAACCCUUCCUAAUUUGACACCGUCCCGUCUCCCCUUUCUCUCUCUCUCUUUUUCCGUCCGCCUUCCCCUGCCAGUCCAGCCGUCGCCGAUGAUAUGAUUUCGCCUCCCUACCUCAGUGCCUCAGCUAAUGCCGCACUCCUUCUCCGUCCACUCAUCUCUCCGCUUCCUCAUUGCCUCAGUUUUCCGGUGCUCGUUUAAGCCUCCGUCACCAACUUCUCCGUCCGCCGGUGAGCAUUGCCGGCGAUAGCGGAAACGGUGGAAGAACAAAAAAAAGGAAAGCGAGUCAGAGGAUAGAGAUAAAAGUAGCCUCUAACUCCUCCUCAGCUCUCAGUUUAUUACUCCUCAAUUCCUUGUCUCUUUUUGGCUGCCUCUUCUCGAUUCCAGCUCUCUGCCGUCGUUUGGUAUCUAGUCUGUGAAGUUUACAAAGGAUCUUCCACCUGUGAUCGAUCUACAUCCGUCCAAUUUCUCUGCUCUCUGCCAAGAAUCGGCGAUUGAUUAUGUAAAUUUUGUGCUCGCUUAGUGAAUAUAAGCUGAUUUUGAGCAGGAUUAGCUUCGGAAUUGAGCUGAUUAGGGACGAGAAAUUUGUCCGGGAAGCUAGAAUCGUGAGUAUGUUGGAUCUUAAUCUGAAUGUGAAAUCGGCCGAGUUGACUCACUACUCCGACUCGACCGAUUUCAUGGAGGAGGACAAGUAUCAGUUCCAUCGCCUGCUCCCGGAGGCAUCGGGGACGUCUAGCUCGUCGGUAGUCAACGCCGACGCGUCGAGCAACGAGGACUCGUGCUCCACGCGUGCGUACAACGGCGACGCUGCGAAUAACAAGAACGUCCUCAGCGGCGGCACCAACACCGUCGCCUGCCCCUUCAACUUCGACAUACUGAAAGUUGGUGGCGGUGGCGGAAAUGAGGAUGGCGAAGACGAAGUCGUUGUCACCAAGGACUUCUUCCCGUUGAGCUGCGGGAAGCAAAACUCUCCGGUGGCGUACGGGUGUCCGGUAGGUGGGAAUCCGCCGGGGAAUUGGAUUGAUCUGACUGUCGAGAGGCAGCAGGAGAUCCCCAGUGGCGGUGGUAGUGGGGGACCGGUGCGCGUAAUUCCACAAGCCUCACAGCAGGUGAAAAAGAGCCGGAGGGGUCCCCGGUCUCGGAGCUCGCAGUACAGAGGAGUUACUUUUUACAGGCGGACUGGGAGAUGGGAAUCUCACAUCUGGGACUGCGGGAAACAGGUUUAUUUGGGUGGAUUUGACACUGCUCAUGCUGCUGCAAGGGCCUAUGAUCGAGCUGCAAUUAAGUUCAGGGGAGUUGAUGCUGAUAUCAACUUUAGUCUUGCCGACUAUGAUGAAGACAUGAAUCAGAUGAAGAAUCUGACCAAGGAAGAAUUUGUGCACAUAUUGCGUCGACAAAGCACUGGUUUCUCCCGUGGGAGUUCAAAAUUUCGAGGAGUGACAUUGCACAAAUGUGGCCGGUGGGAAGCUAGAAUGGGGCAGUUCCUCGGCAAAAAGUAUAUAUAUCUUGGGCUGUUCGACAGUGAGGUAGAAGCUGCAAGGGCUUAUGACAAGGCAGCCAUCAAGUGUAAUGGAAGGGAGGCUGUGACCAACUUUGAGCCCUGUACAUAUGACGGGGAGAUGCUUUCUGAGACUAAGACUGAAGGAACUGGCCACAACCUUGACCUUAACUUGGGAAUAUCCCCUCCUUUUGCCUGCGCUUCCAAGGAAAAUGCAGGCCACCUGCCGUUUCACUCAGGACCUUCAGAUAGUCGUGAUAAGAGUUCAAAGGUAGAGAACCCAACUGGUAAAAUGGCUGGUGAUCCACGUUUCCAAGGGUUUGUGAGGACCUCAGAUCACUCAAUACCCUUGAACAGUGCAUAUACCACUUUCUUCCCUACCGAGGAAAGAGCCACCACGGAGAAGAUGAUAGAACAACACUUACAACAACAAGCUUCUUCUCAUGGGUUCCCCCGCAGCUGGGCGUGGCAAAUGCAUGGGCAACAGGUCACAGCAGCAACUACUACUGCCCCAAUGGCAUUGUUCUCUACGACAACUGCAGCAUCAUCAGGAUUCUCAACUUCAGCUACCCAUCUCCACCGUCCUCCGCCUCCUUCCACCAAUCCCUCGACACCUUUCCACCACAACAUGGCGGCGGGAGCAGCAGCAGGCCACGGCUUUGGUUUCGUACCAUCUCCCACGGCCAUGGCUGCCAAUGGCUCUCAGUUCUACUACUCGAUGAAGCCUCCCCAGGCUCCCACCAUAUAAAACCAACCACACCAGACUCUUCUUCUUCUUCUUCGGCAAGCAAAGUAGAAAAGGCGAAAUGUUCUGUAUUAAUGCGAUACAGUUUUCAGACUAAGCAUUUGAUACGAGUAUUCUUGGAGCGUUCCUACGACACUUCCAAUGUCUUGGAGGCUAAACUCUUAUUGCACUUGUGGCUUACCAGAUCACCUCAAAAAUGUGGCUUAGCUUUUGGAGUUGAUAGUUGAUAUUUGAAUGUAAAACUGAGCAUAUAUUUGAACGGAAACCCGUCUACAUUUCGUAUGAUUAUGCACCGAUUGAUGAUAAUUUAUUUGUGAAUGUUGGUUACAACGGUUGACGAUGAACAUCCAUAAUAUGAUCGCACAUAUCCAUCGUAAUUUAGUAGGAUACUAAAAAGUCAAACAGGUCUACAACUGAAUCAGGUUAGCCCUAAUUAAGUCACUCUCACCACAGUUCUCUCUAUAUAUUUAUUUACUUUUCAACCUUUUUUUCUUUUUUAUGAAGAAUAAAUAUAUUAAUUUAGUUUAUAAAAUGGUGUUUCAUGUGUUGGGGAGUUUGGAGGGUACUAGGUUGAUUCUCACUUUUGUUUCCUUUUUUAAACACUUUGUUGUGAUUGGGUUUUAUUAAUUGUCAAAUCUGGGAAAGGGACCCCGUACCCAAACAGAAGAUCUCUGAUUGUACAAUUCCUCGGAACUGUAGCAAACAAGUGGCGACAAAAAAAAAGGUUCCUGCCUGCCUGCCACCAAAUAAAUAAAAGAAAGAAAUGGGGGCCAGCAAUAGCAUUGCUUGUUUGUUUAUCUUUUUUUUCUUUUUUUGCUCUGCAGUCUAUCCGUUUCUGACUUUCUGGCUUCCUUCUCCCAUUGGCUGGUGCCGCUUCGACCCUUCGAUUGUAGCUAGGGGCGGGUCUUAGGUAAUACUAACGGGACCGGUUAUUCUAACGGGACCGGUUAUUGUAACAACACCCAUUGUGUUGUUAUUGUAACAACACUAGUCCCCAACCAAUAGGAAGCUAGGGAUGUGAUGACUUUUUAUUAGUUAAGUUGACCUAGUGUAAAAUCAAAACAGGGGUAUAAUUGUCAUUAUGAAAAUAUGUUUAAAAAAUAAAAAAAUAAAAAAUAAAAAAUAAAAAUAAAUUUUUUUUUUUAUUUUCUGCCCAAAAAAUUGGUCGCCGGAAUUCUGCCACCGGUCGCCGGAAAGUGGUCGCCGGUCACCGGAAUAUGCUAUUUUGUCGCCGGAAUAUGCUAUUUGUCGUCGGAAUAUGCUUACCGGUGUCGGAAUAUGCUUACCGGCGUCGGAAUCUAGUCAUCGGGGCCGGAAUAUGCCUAUCGGCGUCGGAAUCUGCUCACUGACGGUCACCGGAGUUCGGUCAACGAACUUCGUUGACCGGGUCAACGGUCUUCGUUGACCAGGUCAACGGUCAACGAAGACCGGAUGUAUGGUCUACAUUGUGAGAUUUAUGGUUUGGUUUCUCAUAUUUUCGUAUGCCUUUUGUGGUUUGCUUUAUCGUGUUUGUGGUUUGCAUUAAGAAGUUUCUGGUUUGCUUUAUCGUGUUUCUGGUUUGCAUUGAGGAGUUUCUGGUUUGCUUUCAAAAACUUUGUGGUUUGCAUUGUGAGGUUUUUGGUUUGUUUUAAUAUAUUUGUGGUUUGCAUUAUGACGUUUAUUGUUUGCUUUUUUGUGGUUUGAUUUACUGUGUUUGUCGUUUGCAUUACGAGGUUUCUGGUGUGCUUUCGCAAAUGUUGUGGUUUGCUUUGUGAGGUUUGUGGUUUGUUUUAGGAGAUUUGUGGUAUGCAUUAGAAGGUUUCUGGUUUGCAUUAAGAAGUUUUUGGUGUGCUUUCGAAACUUUUGUGGUUUGCUUUGCGAGGUUUCUGGUUUGUUUUAAUAUAUUUGUGGUCUGCAU